UGGUAAGCAUGGCUGAGGAAAGGAAAGUCUUUGUUGAUGAAAUAAAUAAAGCACUGGCCAAGUCCGAAGGCCUUGCCCUGAAGGAUCUGCUGUUCUUCUACCGGGGGACUCCUUAUCCCGUGACAGUGUGCAGUGCAGAGACCUUCCAAGCCCUGGAGAACCUGGAAGCCAGAAGGGACGAUAUGGUGCUGGUGUCUUACCCCAAAUGCGGUGUGAACUGGCUUAUCCAGAUUUUAAAUGACUUGAUAUUCACCACUGUCCAGAGUAAAACUGUAAGCACAGAACUACCAUUUAUUGAAUGUGGAGAUCCAGAUAAAUAUCAGAGGAUGAAGCAGAUUCCAUCCCCAAGGAUUCUGGCAACGCAUCUGAAUUAUGAUUGCCUCCCCAAGUCUAUUUUCAAGAACAAAGCCAAGAUACUAGUGUUGUUUCGAAACCCUAAAGAUACAGCUGUUUCAUUUUUCCAUUUCCACAACAAUGUGCCAAGCGUCCCCAGUUACAGCUCCUGGGAUGAGUUCUUCUGCGAGUUCAUGAAUGGAAAAGUUGGCUGGGGAUCUUAUUUUGACCAUGCAGUCACCUGGAACAAACACAUUGAAGACAAGAAUACCAUGAUCAUAACAUAUGAAGACCUGAAAGAGAAUCUGACUUCUGGUGUAAAGCAGAUAGCUGAAUUCUUUGGAUUCUCCCCAGUGGCAGAGCAGAUCCAGUCCAUUGCAGACAGGGCCACUUUCCAGGCAAUGAAGGACAAAGCUCAGGAAACUCAUGGUGCUGUUGGCUCAGUUCUUUUCCGCAAAGGUGUUGUUGGAGACUGGAAAAAUCUUUUCACUGAAGCUCAGAACAAGGAAAUGGAUGCCAAAUUCAAAGUGUGCUUAGAAGGAACCAAGCUGGGAGCAAAGUUAAAAUAUGAUGUGUACUGCAAGUCCUGAGCUUCCUCUAUAGAAUAAUCUUGUGUCCAGACAGUUUUUCAUUCACUUUUAUGAAAUCAAAGAGAAAUCAGAACAAUACUUGAUUUGAAACUUUUGAGUAUCUGUGCAAUUGCAAGCCUGUUUGUGCUGUCUUAACUUGCACAAGCAAUCCUCACUCAUACAGUUAGUAUAUUGACUAUACCAGAUUCUCUUAAAUGUCCUGUGGUUCUUUGGCUUCACUUGUUUUUUAAAACUGAUUUUUGCCAUGAUUUCAUGUUACCUAGUAGAAUCCUGCGUGAAAUAUAUAUGUAGUAUUUGAACAUGCUGAAAUCACUGGAAAUGUAUUCAGUAUGUUGCAAGUGAUUUUCCAAGAGAUUUUUUAAAAUAAUAGUGAAAUGUCUUCUUGAUUUUUAGAUUUGGAAACUCAUAACAUUUCAAUUUAAAGUGAAAUUUCAAAAAGUUUUGUUGGGUUUUGCCACUUUCUGUGUGUAGAUAAAUAUGAGAAAAAAAACUAAAGGAACUCAGGGAGAAACUUUCUCCCCCUUUCACCACAAAUAUUUUUGUUUCUUUUGGUAGUGUGAGAUCUCAUCCUGAGCAACUGAAGGAAUUGGGAACUUGCACAUGGAGGUUGGAGUCCGCCUUCUGGUGGUGGCUUGCUUUGCUGCUCACCCAAGGGAGAAAUUGGAAACACAUUGAGAAUAUCUGAUUUUGUACAUGUGAUUGUCAGGAGGACUCUGGAGCACUCCAGAGCACUCACCCUGCUUUGGAUGUUGAGGAGGUGAAUGAAAAAGUUCCUGCCUGGUAGGAAUGUGACUUCUUCACAGUAUCAAGGCAGGAGGGUCGGUAACCAUUUGGUUCACUUGGUUGGAAGAAGGGUCUUUUUAGAUAUGAGAAAAGGAAGUGUGCUACUUGCAUAACUUUGGAAAUACUUUGUGUAAUUGUGUAGGUUUGCCUGGGUUACUUUAUGCCUGUAGAUGUGAAUUUGCUUUUGAAAUCAACAGCUGUAAUAACAACCAUUUAAAAUCAGUAAACCAAAACUGGGGUACCGGUGAGGAUUGCAGAGCGAAAUAGAACAUAUCAAACCAGAAUGAAGUGGGUUAAUACCAAACAAGCAAAAGUUCAAAGUUGAUGAAGCUUCCCAAACAAAUCCAAGGUUCCAUGUAAGUCCUUUGUAGAUGCUGGGGAAAAAAAAAAAAAGCGGCUGUAUUUCUCAUGUAUUUGCCUGAGGUGUAAUAGGCCCUGCUGGAGUAGUAGGUUAGUGUCAUUGCUAAGCAGUUAACAGAAAGAAGUUCAAAGGGUUUUGGUUGAGGAUAAUGUUGAAAAAGAAGCACCAAUCCCUAGUAAAGUAGGUUGCCUGAACUACUAGAUCAGUAACAGCCAGCCUAUCUGCUUAAACUGCCAUCUUUCUCUAUUUAAGAUUUUAAUGAAGUAUCCCAGGGCAGCUCAAGAGGAAAUCCCAUCUCAAGAUGCUAAAUAGACUACUCUUAAAUUAUUACACUUUUGGACCAGCAAGGUUAUUUAAGCUAAGGUCACUUAGCCAUCUGAGGGAAUGUUUUAUAGAUGGCAUUCUUAUGUUCUUUCAGUCUGAUUUGCAGACUCUUCUCAGUAUGUAUUCACAUAUUCAUUAAUUACCAUCUCUUAAAAGAGCAUUAAAGAACAUUGAGUAUAAGACUAGUGAGUGUGAGGGGCAGCUAAUUUGUUUGCAGCUUUCUGUGUGUUUUAGGUUCUGUUCUGUUAAAAAUGAUGUGGUAGGAAGACACAGAAGAAAGCUAAAUGUCAUUGGAGAAAGGGAAAAUUUAUACCUCCCUCAAACACAUUCAGGAUGGAAAAGCACAGAAACAUUUUCGGAUGGUGGUAUUGAAGGUCAAAUUCAGUGGCCCAGAGUGUUUAUAGCUUUUAACAGCAGCUAAACAAAAAAAUCAAACCCAACAGCAAAAUUAAACUCCAUUUUGUGGAAAAUCACUAGGCACACAUAUAUUCUUUCAGCCAUACAUAUAGACAGCAAUUUUGGUUUU